UCUACGGUCCAGGGUGACAUCCGGGAGCGUCUCCUAGCAACGGAGGGAACGCUGAGGCCUGCUCUUUCGAGGAAGCGGCCACGAUGUCGAAGUUGGCCAAGAAGAAGGAAGUGCUGAAGACGAACAACGUCCUCCAGCCAGGCCUCCCUUUCAAAGAACCUUGGUUUCUUUCUGGAUCAGCCUCAGGUGUGAGCCCUCAGGGUGCUUUAUUUGAGGGAAGGAGGGGAAGAUUUCCUAUCUGGCCAGAAUGGAAUGAAGCUGAUAUCAAUGCAGAGAAGUGGGAUGCAGGGAAAGGUGGAAAAGAAAAAGAUAAAUCAGGAAAAAGUCCUCUUUUACAUUUCUUUGAAGACCCAGAAGGAAAAAUUGAACUUCCUCCUUCUUUAAAAGUGAGUUCCUGGAAGAGGCCACAAGAAAUCUUAGUCAAUAAGGUGCCUGUGGUAGUAAAAAAUGAAACUUGGUUUGACCUCUUUCCACCCAAUGAACAUUUAAUGAACAGUGAGCUGAUGCGAUGGAUAAUAAGUGAAAUCUAUGCAGUUUGGAAAAUAUAUAAUGCAGCAGUUUUAAGUCCUGAUGCUAAAGCUAAUACCAAUGAAAUACCUGCACUUUUGUGGAAACCGUGGGAACAUAUAUAUUCAUUAUGCAAAGCUGUCAAGGGACAUAUGCCAUUGUACAAUAGUUAUGGAAAAUACAUUGUAAAAUUGUACUGGAUGGGGUGCUGGAGAAAAAUCAUUGUAGAUGACAGUAUACCCUUCAGUGAAGACAAUUACAUGCUACUUCCAGUUACAACAUGUGAAAUUGAACUUUGGCCAAUUAUAUUAUCCAAAGCCAUCAUUAAACUAGCAAACAAUGACAUACAUGACAAUGGAAAAAGAGAACUAGGGGAAUUCACAGUUCUGCAUGCACUUACUGGAUGGAUACCAGAAAUUAUUCCACUCCAGUCUGGAUAUUUGGAUAAAGUUUGGGACUUCUUAAAAGAAAUAUUGCCAGAAUUUAAGCUACCAGAAGAGUCACCCCCUGAAACUAAAGCAUCUCUUCAGGAUACCAAAAAAGAUCUCAAAAGUUCUGAUAUUAAAAAUGACUCUGUACCUGUCAUUAAACAACCAGAGAAGCCAGAAAAAGCAGAGAAAACUGGCAAAGAAAAGCCAGAUCAAAAAGAAAUUGGGAAGAAGAAGAGCAAAGAUGGUGAAAAGGAUAAGUUUAAGUCUGGACGAAUGUCUGCUGAUUUUCCAACUUCUCUUCAGAUGUUUAUGAAUGGUUCUGCAGCACCACUGCAGCCUCAGAUGGUGGCCUAUGCUUACUAUUUGCCUCUAUAUGUGUCUGAAAGAAAGAUCUUUGUAUUAGAGAAAAUGGCUGAUUCGUCUGAGAAGUUACGGGAAUAUGGUCUUUCUCACAUUUACAGCCAUCCUGCACUGCUUAGUAGAACAAGGUCAGGCCCACUGGUGGCACCUCCAAAACCACCAUUUGUACCACGUUGGAAACUUAUCAGACAAAAAAAGGAAACAAUUGUGACAGAUGAACCCCAAGAACCUGUGAUUAAAAAGCCAGAACAAUUUAUUGAACUUGCUAGUCCUUUUGUGAACUUCAGACUUUCUGCAAUGCCCAUACCAAGAGAUACCCACUUCCCACCAUCUACCUUCAAAAGGGGAUCACUUCCAGCAUCCACCCUCCCUUCUGUCACGGAAAGUGAUGAAAACAUAAUUGAAAUGUAUGGAGACUCAAAUCCCAUGAGUACAGAAGACAAUUCUCAGGAAUCUACAUUACUUUCUAAUUUAGUUCCACAACAUAUUGUUGAAGGAUCCACUAAAGGUGAAUCAACUGAAAAAAUGAGUAGUGAAGCAGCUCAGUUACUUGAAUCAACAGAAGCUGCUGUCAGCAGCCAAGUAGUAAACAAAACUCCAGAAGAAAUUGAAGCAGAAAAGAACCCAAUUUCCAAGGAAAUAUGGAUGGACUAUGAAGAUUUCUGUGUUUGUUUUCAGAAACUGUAUAUUUUUCACAAACCAAAUACCUAUGCCUACACCUAUCAGAAGUCAGAUUUUAGGAUGCAAGAUGACCGUGUAUUAUAUUAUUUAUGUGUGGACAGUUUGAAGCCAAUUGAUAUCCUGGUUAAUUUUUCAGCAUUAGUACACUGGGGAGACUUAGGAGCCGUUGCACAAAAAAUAGGGCACACUUUGCCCAAGGGAUUUCUCAUCAUUGAAAGUUACUCAUGGAAGAAUCUGGCUCCAGGACAAUUAAUCUUAAAGAUCCAUACCUAUGCUGCCAAAGCCGCUGUUAUAAGUCUUCCUGCUGGGCGCCAUGUAUUGAGCUUCACUGCAAGUUCCCCCAUAGGGCACCAUAUCCUUCUGUGUAGUAUGGUGCCAUGUGUAUUUGGUGAAGAAGAUAUUGUUCUGCCAAAUCUUGAGAAGGAGAGCUACCGGUUUAUGGAACAAGCUUCAGCUAUCAUGAAAGCCAUUGGAAUGGUGUUAACUAAUUUUGGACACACAGAAAACCUCCCCAAAGCCAUGAAGUCCCUAGAAUUAACGCACUGUCCUCCUGACCUCAGUGGCACAGGAAUACUGAGAGAACAUGUAAAGGUGUUCAAUAGUGCUUUUUGGCACCUGAUGAAACAAAUAUUAGGGAAUAUUCCUCCUAACUAUGCAUUUGCUUACAAAAGUUUCACUUUAGAUUUUAAACACAGCGAAGUAUCUGUUGAAGACACUGAAUCUUCAGAGGUGACGGAAACAAAUGUUUCUCCUUGGCAGAACAAGGAACCCACAGUUGAGGAAGAAGAAGCUGCACUUAAACUGCAGACUGCCUGGAGAGGGACUUAUGUCAGGAUGUUAAUGAAUGGCAGAAAGCCAGGUACAAAAGAGAAUGCUAGAGUCAAAGAUACUCUCCAGAAAUUGUGGGCUCUAAUUGAGCCAAAUUUUGAACAACAUUCUUUGACAUUUUUGAGAGAUAUAUUUAAAAGUAAAUGCAAAUCAAUAGAAAAAUAUCAUUGCUAUGAAGAUGAAUGGACUAAGACAUCUUUUGCUGAUUAUACUGUUACGUAUGGGGACCAGCCCCCAAAUUUUUGGUUUGUGGUCUUCAGGGAAGUAUUUUAUGUUCCUGAAGAUAUGUUCAUAGUGCCAAAAAUUUAUUCAGCCAUACCUACCUGUGUACUGCAUGUUGUAGACAAUGACACGUUGGUGGAAAUACCUAGAAUCUUUCUCAGAGUUGCACCACAUCUUUAUACAAAGAAUAAGAAAGGAUAUACAUUUAUGACCGAAAUUCAAACUGGUGAAUCACCAGUGAUGGCAGGAAAGUGGAGGCUUCGUCUUAUAGGUUCCUGCACUCCCCUUCCUGUUCUGUCUCGUGAUAUUGUAAACAAUUUGUAUUCUAUUAAGGAAGUUAAGGACUAUUAUGUACCAAAUGAGAAGCAUAUAAUAUUCAGGUAUGCAGUAAAAGUCACCAUACCACUUAUUGCUACUGUCCAGGUGCAGACCUCUAAAUCAGAUACAAUAAUUAAACUACAGGUUCUGGAUUCUGAGGAAGAAAUGGUGAAUUCUGUUGGAAAGGGCCAUGUUGUUAUUCCAGCAUUUAAUUUCAUAUCUUCUGAAAGGCCUUCAAGCAGCUUCUCAACAGCAAGUAAGGGUGGGGUGACCCCAAGCUCUCCCAAAAAGGAAGCUGAAAUUGUAGUCCCUAAGAAAAAAGGUGCUGUAGCUACUCAGAAAAAUAUCAAGUCUUCAGUGAAGACUUCACAAGAAGGUCCAGUUUCAACAGAAGAAGAAACGAUAACUAUACCUAUUAUUGAUGAAAGUGUACCUCAUCAGCCUCACAAGUAUAUUAUACAAGCUUCAGUGCUGCAUAAUAGUUGGCCACUUACUGAGAGUCAAAUGGUAUUUGUUCAAGCACUAAAAGAAUUAGAAAAAAAUGAAAUCAAAGCUCAUCCUGUUGAAAAACAUGAAGAGAAUGUAUCACUCCUAAGUCCAGAUAUUCACAGCAACUUGGAAGGGCAAAAAUCUGCUGGCUCUUCCAAAGCAACUAGAAAAACAAAGGAAAAAACAACAGACAAAGCAGAAAAGACAGCUAAAGAAAAGCCUCCAUCGACCACUAGACCAGAAUCACAGCAAUCUGAUCCAAACAAGCCCUUCUGGAUCUUGCGUCUAGUUGCAGAACAACAUGAGGUAGAAGCACUGGAUUUGAGGAAAGACACCGAGAGAGCAGAUGAGAUCAAAGCAAUGAAGCAAGCAUGGGAGGCUGCAGAGCCUGGAAGAGCUGUCAAGGCUGCUCAGGAGCGCAUGCAAUUUGCUAAGAAAUGCAUGAGGAAAGGCUUCAUGAUCUCUGAAGCUGAAAGUACCAGCACAGCAGUGGGUUCUGGAGAAACAGCACCUGCUUCUCCUGCCUCUGAACCAAUGGUGUCCCCUCCAGUAGCAACUGAAGCAAGCUCAGCAACUCAGAGGAAGGAAUGGGAGCCUCUUGAUCUCACCCCCUACAUUAGAAAAACACUGCCUGAGCCUGUGCUGAAGAAUGAGUCUAUUAUUCGAGAACAAGAGAUGCUUAAGGAAAAAGAAAUCAAUGUCUUCAGACAAUUUCGAGAGGUGGUUCUGGAACAUAGACAGAAAGAACUCAUGGCUAGGAACCAGUUAAAGCAAAACGUUUUUGAGAUGUAUGAAGAUCUUCAAGCAUCCUUAGAUGAAGCACGAGGCAGGGUUCUUAGCAUCCGGGAAGCAUACAGAACUAAGCUACUAGAAGCUGAGCGUUUAAGACUAGAAGCCCUAGCAGCUGAAGAAGCCGCCCUUCGAGCAGAACAAGAGAAGAAAACCCCAGACGUACAGAAAAAAAAGGGAGGAAAAGGUAAAGGUAAAGGGAAGAAAAAAUAAUUUUACCUGACAAUCUGCUGCACAAACUGCUUUGUGCAGAGUAUAUGUUUUCCACAGUAUUUUUCAGAGAACACAUCUUCAGCAGCAGAUUAUACAGUUCUGGCUUGUUUUCAAGUGUUAUUUUAAAGUCUACUUAGUAUUACAUCACCCUUUUUGUUUUUGCCACUGAUUUAAAAUUCUAUGGUUAACUUUACAAUUGAUUUUUACACUUUAAAAGCAAUAAAUGUUUGAAAUGAAAUUGUUUGCAUGCUUUUCAUUAUUUUCAGUUGAUUUUCAGAAUAAAUGGAAAGAUGAUUCAAUAAGAAGGCAAAAAGAAAGUAUAGUGGGAGCAGAGAGGAUAGUUAUCUGGAUAUCACCUCUUAGGUUAUUAAGUUUGGCCAAGAAGUGAGUAUGUUAUUAAGGCACAAAUCGACGAAUGACAAUUCAGUCCUCCAUAGCCCAUGCUUUUUAUACAAGUGAUCCAAGCAGAUUUUUUAUACAAGUGAUCCAAGCAGCGGCUUUCGAUACUAUUGACCAUGGUAUCCUUCUGGAACGCCUGAGGGAAUUGGGCAUCGGGGGCACUGCACUCCAGUGGUUCCGUUCCUACCUCUCGGGUAGAUUCCAGAU